AUGAAGAUCACCUCUUUCCUCACUUCCGCCCUUGUUGGGGCUGCCACUGCCCGUGACACAAUCUACCUUGUGAACUCUUCCAAAGGGAAUGAAGUCUCCAGCGGAAUGGCAUACUAUGGCGACGGCCACGAAUCAACCGGUGGAUCCCGUCCCGAUGACUAUGUCGACAUUGUUCAUGGAAGCAAUGUACACUGGGAGGGUCAGCCUGUAAAGGGAACUUUCGGCAGUGGUGUAUCUUUCACGUCAAACAUAUUUGCAGAUGCUGGUGGCAAACAAGGAAAUGCUUGGUCUGGCACGGGCACGAAUGGGUUCCAUACCUAUAACUGCUACAAGGGUACUGGGCCCAGUGGUAAGCCGUGGGUGUUGUACACUGUGGACGGCUGGACUGUUAAUGUUAUCUACUGGUGCUGGCCCUUUAACUAG